AUGGUGUUAUCACAACAACAAGUGGAUACCCGACCCAAGCGAUCUCUUUUACAAGUUGGAUUGAUUACAUGUUGUAUGGUGGGCAUCCAAUUCACAUGGACGGUGGAAUUAUCAUAUGGCACACCCUACCUACUCUCACUCAACUUGUCCAAGGAAUUGACAGCGUUAGUAUGGCUUGCUGGUCCUCUUUCGGGUCUCAUUGUCCAACCUCUUAUUGGUGCAUGGAGCGACAAGUGUACAUCCAAACUCGGCCGUCGACGACCCUUUAUCAUCAUUGGAAGCGUGCUUGUCUGCAUCUCACUUUUUUGUGUGGGUUAUGCAAAGGAGAUUUCUCGGUUGCUAACAAGUGAUGAGGACAAUGAAGCAAGGAACAAUAAGCUGGCCAUUGCCAUUGCAGUAUCAUCCUUUUACUUUUUGGAUUUUUGCUUAAACGCGGUACAAGCUUGUUGUCGAUCCUUGUUUCUCGACGUAUUUCCCAUCUCUCAGCAGGACACGGCGAAUGCUUUUGGUAGCAACCUCGGGAACCUUACAAACGUUUUUGGCUACUUUAUUGGAUACCUUGAUCUCGUAAAGUAUCUUCCCAUGCUUGGUCAUUCACAAAUGGGUGCCUUGUGUAUUGCUGGUAUCCUCGUGUUUGCUCUAUCCAUGACGAUAACGUGUCUCUCGGUUCAAGAAAUCCCCCUUUCAGCUGAUGCUGUAGUCAAAACGGAUGAGCCAUGGUACCAAGUGUUUGUUUACAUCUGGUACGCCUUGCGUCGCUUGCCACCUUCGGUGCAAACGCUAUGUAAUGCUCAAUUCUUUGCAUGGAUGGGUUGGUUCCCCUUUCUCUUUUACAGUACAACGUGGGUGUCUGAGAUCUACUUUGAAGCACAUCAACCGGAACGAUGGGAUGAAGGAACACGUGCAGGGUCGUUUGCAUUAUUGAUGUAUGCUAUUGUGUCCGCUGUGGCGGGUACCAUCUUGCCCAUGCUUACCAACCAUGGGUUCCUUUCACUCAAAAACACAUAUACAUUAUCGCACACGGUGUUUGCUACGGCGAUGCUUUUGACCUUUUUUAUUCAUUCAGUUGUGGGAGCAACAUUACUACUUGGGCUUGUGGGAGUAUCAUGGGCAACCACCAUGUGGAUUCCAUUUGCAUUGAUUGGCGAAUAUCUGGUGAUUGAACAACAAAGAAAAAGUCAUUUAUUACAACAAAGAUCCUCCUAUGCUACUAUGGAAGAUGAAACAUCCUCCUCCUCGGGUGUAUCAUCCUCAUCACGUACUCAAGUGGGAGAAGAAGAAGACGAUGAAGAAAGAGGUCAAUUGCUGGUGGCAGCAGACGAUGAUACAAUGGACGCUGGUAUGGUGCUUGGUGUUCACAAUAUGUAUGUGGUGUUUCCCCAAUUUGCGGUUGCUAUCAUUGCAGCUCUUAUCUUUUCGGUUGCCAAGGCGAUGCAACAAGCAGAGGGACCCCCUGUGGAUGAUGAUGAUGAUGAGGAUCAACGAGGCAAUUGGGGUGUGCCAUGGGUUCUUCGAUUUGGUGGAAUGAUGGCUAUCAUGGCUAUCGUGCUGAGUCGACGUGUGGUGGAUGUUGACCUGAACAACAAAAAGUAG